UUAUGUGACCCCCUUGUAAAUAAUAAAUCAAGGAAUUCGCUUUGAAUAUUAAGCAUUAGGUCAUCAAGAACUAAAAGCUGAUGCUGUUUAAUUAUCUCAGGUUCCGGUACACCAUUAUACGUAGUAAUGCCCAUUUCUUUAAUUUUAAAAACAAUUUCAUUCAUUUCACCAAAACAAUACAUUAUUUUUGAAGGUGGUGGGUCAAUAAGGAGUUCAGUAUUCUUGAGAAAUUUUAAAAGCCACUGGGUUUUACCACUACCCGUGGCCCCUGAAAUUAUCAUUGUAAAAGGGGCGUUGAACAUUUUAUUUUGAU